UAGCAGAAGUGCGGAUGUGAGUUGCAUAUUGAUACGGAACAGGCCGCCACUUUUUGUUUUAGCAAUGCGGGCUUAGGCAAUGACCAUUUCGUGGAGCUAUGAAUCCCGAGGAGCAGACGGUAACGUGGUUAAUAUCGUUAGGGGUGCUCAGCUCGCCCAAAAAGAACAUAGCGGACCCGGAGGAGUUUCUGAAAACAUCACUCAAGGAUGGGGUCGUCCUGUGUAAGCUCACGGAGCGACUCAUACCUGGCUUCACACCCAAGUAUUCCCAGGAUCCGAGAACUGAAGCUGACUGCAUCUCCAACAUCAGGGAGUUUUUAAGAGGAUGCUCCUCGUUGAAAGUGGAGGGGUUUGAACCAGAGUGGUUAUACACUGGAGAGAAUUUUGGCAAGGUCCUGAAUACGCUGCUGGGGUUCAACUUCGCCACACAAGAUUGUGCUCCUGAGCGAUGUCCUCAGUCCGGUUCGUCCUCUCCUAAUCAGACGACGUCUUCACACACGCUGUCCUCCAUUAAAUCCAAAGGCUCUCUGCGUAGACAAUCUAAAUCAGUGGAAAUGUCUGAAAAUGGUGGAGGGGGGCACGUGAUGGUGAAGGCCCGCUUCAACUUCAAGCAGAACAAUGAGGACGAGCUGUCGUUCAACAAAGGUGAAGUGAUCCUCGUCACACGGCAGGAGGAGGGAGGAUGGUGGGAGGGGACGCUCAACGGCAGGACAGGCUGGUUCCCCAGCAACUACGUUCGAGAGAUCAAGCCCUGCGAAAAACCCUUAUCUCCUAAAGGAACUCCUUUGACCAAGAACUACUACAGUGUGGUGGUUCAGGAUAUCUUGGAGCAUGAGCGGGAAUUUGUUAAAGAAUUACAAACAGUGCUCACUUGUUACCUACGACCCCUGCAAGCCAGCGACAAGUUAAAUAGUGGAGACAGCGCCACCUUGUGUGGGAAUCUGGAGGAGAUCCUCACUUUCCAGCAGAAGUUAUGUUCAGCUCUGGAGGACUGCACCAAAGUUGCAGAGGCCCAACAGAGAGUGGCAGGCUGCUAUUUAAAUCUCAUGAGUCAGAUCAAGAGUCUGUACCUGAAUUACUGUUCGAGCCAUCCCUCAGCCGUCUGCAUCCUCACUGACCACAGUGAUGAACUGGGUAAGUUCAUGGAGAGCCAGGGAGCAAGCGGUACAGGAAUCCUUACACUGACCACCAGCCUCAGUAAGCCCUUCAUGAGAUUCGACAAAUACCCGACACUGUUGCAAGAGCUGGAGAGACAUGUGGAGGAAGCUCAUCCAGACUAUGUGGACAUCAUAAAGGCAACAGCAGCGUUUAAAAGUCUAGUGUCCCAGUGUCAGGAUCUAAGGAAGCGCAAGAACCUGGAGCUGCAGAUCCUGUCAGAACCAGUGCGAGGCUGGGAGGGAGACAGCAUGAAGAGUCUGGGGCAAGUGGCCUAUAUGUCCCAGGUCCAUGUGAGAAAUGGGGUCAGUGAGGAAAAGGAGGAGCGCUACCUCAUGCUUUUUCCAAAUGUCCUACUUAUGCUGUCUGCCAGUCCCAGGAUGAGUGGCUUUAUUUACCAGGGAAGGCUCCCGCUAACGGGCACCACAGUAACAAGACAAGUAGAAGAUGCAGAAAACACUUAUGCGUUUGACAUCACAGGAAGCAUGAUUGAUCGGUUCACAGUGUUCUGCAGCAGCACUCAAGAGUUGCAAGAAUGGCUGGAGCACCUGCAGCCUUAUACCAAAUCAGGAAGUCCUGCAGGCACCAUUUCAAAAAAUGUGGAUGGGAAGCCACUGAGCACAGUCAGUACCCCCACACACCUGCCCCACCCGGUCAGUCCGAGCGCUGUCAGCCGUGGUCCCCUGGAACCGCCAAAGACCAGCAAACCUUGGACCCUCAGCUGCCUGCGUCCUGCACCGCCUCUCAAGCCCUCUGCUGCACUGGGCUACAAAGAGAGGAUGUCUUAUAUCAUGAAGGACUCCAGCAAGAGCCCACGGCCAAUAAAAAAGUUCCUGCCAGGCAACAGGAAGAAAGACCGCAAGCCCUCAAAUGACGAGUUUGAAAUAAGAAAAAGCACAGCUGCUCUGGAGGAGGACGCUCAGAUACUCCGGGUCAUUGAAGCUUAUUGCACAGGAGCCAGCGUGCACCAGACCACCACAGCAGUGCGGAAAGAGUGUGUCCCCCAGGUGCUUCUGCCUGAAGAGGAGAAGAUCAUCGUGGAGGAGAUUAAGAGUAAUGGACAGACAGUAACGGAGGAAAAGAGCCUGGUUGAUGCAGUUUAUGCUUUAAAGGACGAGGUUCAUGAGUUAAAAAAGGAGAAUAGGUGGAUGAAGCAGUUUCUGGAGGAGGAGCAGAAGUCUCGCAAAGAGCUGGAAAGAUUAGUGAGAAAGCUGAGCAAGCAGAAGAACGACUGCACCUGGGAUGACGGCAGCCAUUAAAACGAUCGACCAUCCUACCACCACACCUCUUUUUGGCUGGUUACCUGUAGGGGCCCAUUCACGGGAGCGGACUUGCAGUGGGGCAGGUUUUUGUGUGUUUAUGCGUUUAUUUUUGUACGCGCGUCUUCCGUCUUCACAUUUCAGUCACACAUAAAGUUGAACUGUGCGGACGAUACUUGGAGCUUCCUCGCCUCCAACCUUGGAGCUUGAUUUUACAGUGAGAUACAAUCGGAUCCGUCUCACCAGAAGGGCCAAAUGAGCAUGCUUACUCCUGAACAGCUUGGCGAAUCCUCUACAUUUCAAGCAGUCUUCUGAGUGUGGUCUGUAAGAUCAACCCAGCUAAUGGAACAUUUUUAAAAAAGGACAAAAAAACAAGCUCAUCGUAGCUUGUUUUGCUGUUGUUGGAAUAGAAAAGGAGUAAAAAGCCAUCAAGUCGUCUGCUUCUCUUGCCUGAACUUCUUCCAAACAGGAUUGAUGAGGAUCUCUUCAAAUCAUGACUUUGUCACUGUUAUAUUUUAUUACCAUAGGGCUUUCUUGUUGGGGAAAAAAAGUCAACCUGUUGGACUUUCAUGAAUAAACGGGAUUUUUAAACAUUACAAAGAUUCACCUAACUCAUAUCCAGGGGAUUUUAUAGGCAUUUUAACGAGUCAGACAGGUUUAUCAAGCUCAAUUCAGUCUCCAAAUGCAGCUGUAUACUGUUUAUUCAAAAACUGCAUGGGUGUACAGUGUUUCUACAUUAUGAAUUCUGCAUCAGAAAUGUGAUAAUCAAUAUAUAUUCAGACAUAUGUACUCCAAAGCAAUGCAUACGCAUAAUGAAAUAGGAAAGACUUAACUCUGUACUAUUUGUUGUUAUAAGAAUAGACAAUGAGGUAACCCUUAGUCAAAUAUACACUACCGGUCAAAAGUUUUAGAUUAGACAUUUUCUCACUUUCUGAGUCUCCUUAUUUUCAUGACUAUUUACAUUGUAGAUUCUCACCAGAGGCAACAAAGCUAUGAUUAAACACACAUGAAAUUAUAUAGUAAAUAAAAAGUGUGAAAUAACUCUAAACAUUUUUAUGUUUUAGAUUCUUCAAAAUAGCAACCCUUUGCUCUGAUUAGUGCUUUGCUCUCUUAGCAUCGUCUCCAUGAGCUUCAUGAUGUCCUCACCUGAAAUGGGUUUCAAGAGUCUUGAAAGAACUUCCCAGAGGUUUUCAUUCACUGUUUUGAUACCUUCAAUGAGAAUCUACAUACAGUGUAAAUAGUCAUAAACAUAAAGAAAACCAGUAAAUGAGAAAGUGUUUCUAAAUCUUUUGACUAGUAGUGUAUCCGAGAAUCAUUUUAACAUAUUGGGUACAUAACCUUUCUUUAUUUCGAGUUUUUGGAGUAUAGUCAAUAUUUAUUGCGAACCCAAGCAUUUCAAAUGUGGUUUAAGCCUUAUGGAUAAAGUUGUGCAAGGAAGGCCCUGACAUGUUUUAUAUUGCUAAUGAGGAAAAGAGAGUAACUAAUCUUGUUUUCUUUGAGAGUUUAAAGAUUUCUGUCUGGGAACAGAUGUUGAUGUGGAGUAAACAUGUAAGUGCCUCCCGUAGGGGUCCGAAAACCAAAAGAGUUAAAGUCCGACGGGGACUAAAUACAUGAAAUAUAUUCAAAGUGUCAAGCUUACAGUAAUAUUGUGAUGUAUGUUGGGUCUGAAAACGAACGGUGCCUUGCUUUCUAUUUAUGGUGGUGGCCUCUUUCUGAGGGCCGACCGCAGUUCAUUUCCUCAUGGGCCGAGCGUGUGCACUGUCAACACUGUUGUGUGGCUGUCGCUGCACUACACAGAAACGGUGAAUGUAACUGAAAUGCAAUAAGUGACUGCUUUACUGACAGACGUCUGGGUAAAAACCAGCAGCUAUCAGUCAGAUUGAAAGAUCCUGCAAUAUUAAAGGUUGAAUCUAUUACACCCCCCCCCUCAAAAAAAAACAAAAAAACACACAGGGGGGUUCAGCUACCGGUUUCCUGGUUUUAAAAAAAUAACAAUGACAAGGUCCAUUUCUUACUCCACAAAUGAUCCAAACUGUUGACUGUGCGUCAGUCACUGCGUGGGAAGUGCUGUUUUUUGUUUGUUUUUUUUUGCACGCACCUCUUUACAGAAACUUCACAGCACUCUGCAGCGUUUGAUGCAGCUGGUUCGUCUGCAGAGGUGUAACUUUCACGCCUAAAAGCACAUCAUGGUUCACGAGCUAGACUAACUAGAUUUUGUAAUGUUGGACACUUUUCAGAAGUGAUGUUGCCCCCCACUCCCCUCCAAACGACUGUUUCAUUUAAGCACCACACACUGUAAUUUCAAAAUUCCCAAUACUUUCUGUUAGCACUUACUGGUGGGAAGAAGUUAACCUGAAAUUAUAUUUCCACACCACUGUGUUUUUUAUUUUUUUGUUUUGUUUAUUUUUUAAAGCUUGUUCUAUGCAAUUAUUGUUGCAAGUAUUUCACCAUUUGUUUCUAGACAUUCUGCACUGUAUGUUUGGCUUGAUUUGUCUUUUAAUAAAAGUUUAAUAUAACAA